AUGGACUUACCGUACGACUGCGCCUUUGACCACACCCAGCAGGAUGGGCACGCAGCUACAACGCCGGCGAUCCGGGUGCAGAACUCUGGCGGUAGUAGCGACUUCUUGGCCGGUCUCGACCUCUCCAGUAUCGACAUUGGCUUUCUCGAUGCUCACUUCAACCCGAAUCCACCUUUACAGGACAGCGCUAGAAAUGCACCGCCUGGCGGCGCCAGCUUACCCUCACCGGGUCAAGAUGUCACUGCUCAUUCCUCAGAACACGACACAUCGAUAUCCUUGAACCAUUCCCAGACUCAUAAUCGCACCGGCAUGGACGCGGAGAUAUCGCAACUGCAAGCAUGGGAAAGCGACAAAAAUCGGAUGCCGUACAAUCACAGUGCGACUGGCAAUGUAACGCAUGUACAUCAUGAAAUUCAUGUGCAUCACCAUCACUUCAUCCAUCACAGGGAUGACUAG